CCCCAAGGGCCACAAACCGCGAGCACAAUGGGUGGCAACAAAGCCUUCCGAGCGCUCAGCCGGAGCAGCGCCCACCGUAAUGCACUCCUUCGAAACUUGGUAACGGCCCUAGUAAAACACGAAUCCAUCUCAACAACCUACGCAAAAGCGAAAGAAGCCCAGGCAAUAGCGGAACGAGUUAUAACGCUAGGGAAACAGGAAACAGACGCCUCCGUGAAGCAAUUAAAGAAAAUUCUGUUUGUCCCAGAAGAAACCGCCCCCCGCGUCAUGAAAGUCCUCGUGCCCCGUUACAGAUUGCGACAAGGCGGGUACACACGAGUUCAGCGGAUCGAGCCGUUGCGAACAGAUCAAGCCGAGAGCGCGAUCCUAGAAUUCGUAGACGGGCCACGAGAUAUGCGCUUCGCGCUGACGGCCAAGACGAUCGCGCGCUCGAAGAAGGAGGGGGGGGAGCUGUCGGAUAUUACACUACUAAAUAUCAAGAAAGUUACCCAGUUUCGGGUUAAUGGUGAGAAGGAGUUGGAGGCUGAGGUUAAGAAAUUUGAGGAGAGGAUGUGAAAGAUGUGCGAGGCGGAUCGAGCGGCGGAGGAACGGGAAGUAGAAUGGAGGGGAGAGGGAGUUUGUAGAUUUGCGGCAUUCGUCGGCAGGCUCUUGGGCAGUGGAUUUAAAGUGAAGCUUGAGUUUAUGAUGUUAGAUUGGGAGGUUUUGCAUUAAAUGUAUCAUAUCAUAUCACGA